ACAAUGUUUUCACACGAGUCCAGCAGCUGGAUUUGCAUGGUGCAUGAUAAAAAAUAAAUUAAAAACUAUUGUUUGCUAUUAAUUUUAAAUUUAGUUUAACUGAAUUUGAAAUACCAGACAAACAAUUGUGUUUUCAAACUUCAUGCCUUGUUGUUUGGAGUUGAAUUAGCUAAACAAACCUAUUAGAACUGGGGGUGUGUCUCUCUAACCUUGGUCGUGAUAAUUUUGUUCGCGAAAAACAUGGAUUAUUACAAUUCCGAUAAAAAAGAGGACACGGUUUUGUACCGUUGCGACCAGUGUAGAACAUUCCUCUCAACCAAAUCACACCUUUUAAACCAUCUCCAUAAAUGUGAAAGCAAUCAAGAUGAUGAUACAACAAUGCAGACAAUUGACGGAUGGAGCGUCGUGACCUUUCCUUCUCUUUCGGUCUGUCUCGAUAAAUUAGAUGAUUUUAGGGUCAUUGUUCCCGAUGGGGAUGAAACUGGUUUUGCCGUUGUCAAGCUGGAGAAUGAUGAAAUGAAAUUUGAAGAAGCCGACGGUCACCUAGAAAUCUUGGACUCUUACAAUUAUCGCCCAAACGCUUUAACUAAACCUAUCGUCGCGAUGAAACGUUUUAAUGAUCCAUCUUUAACAUGUAAAGGAUGCAACCACACCUUCACUUCGCAGUGUUUAUACGAUCGCCACAUAUCCAAAAUGAACAAAUGUAAUCCGACCAUUCAACCGCACCCCUGUCCCCAUUCUGGUUGCAGGCGCAUCUUCUUCCAAGCCUCCAAAUUAUCUAUCCAUCUCCUCAGUCACCAGGAACCAUCGGCCCCUCGCCAUCGCGAAAAUCGCGAUACUGAGAGCAGCAGAAGGUGGAAAGGUCCCACAAAAUUGAGAAAACCGAGAAACCGAUCAUUUUCGGAUAAUAUAAAGGAGGGAAGAGAAAAUAAGCUAGAGAAGCAAAAUCGCAACAACAGGACUGCUCCUAACGAAGAAGACGAGGUUGUGUCGCUUCCAAAGUGCGAAAAAACUGAGCAUUCUCAUUCGUGUUCCAUUUGUGGGGAAACAUUCCGUCUUCCUGCCUCCCUCCGAGUACACAUGACCAAGGAUCACAUCAACCUAGAUGAAGUUCAAACAAGUAGGAUAGAACAAGAACAAAUCCAAUUGCUGUCUUCAAAUCCCAUACUACUACUAACUUUUGGUGGAAAUGCCCCCAAUAAUUUUGGAAGAAAUUACCAGAAUAAAGUUGUAGGUAACGAGUCUGGAAGUUUUGUAGAUAGUACGAAUGACGAUGAUGGUGAACUAAUUACUGAGGAUGCUAUUAAAUUAGAGAUUAAAGAAGAGAUAGACAUUGACCUUGGUCCAGUCAAAUUUGAGGUAAUAACUAGUGACUCGGAGGAGAAUGUAUAUCUCUGGUACUGAUUAUCUCUAGAUUUGUAUAAAAAUAUAUUUACACAUACCAAUUGUUUAAUCGAAUCGAAUAUGUUGUAUGUAAAUGUAAGUAUCAACGAAGAAAUAGCCUGAAUUUUGGGCAUACUCCUCAAGAGGUGUGCUAUUGUUAAUUUUAUUUCGUCUAUUUUAUUUUAUUUUAUCUUAGGGUAGGGUUUCUAUUUUUGUAAGUUACCUAUGAUUAAAAUGAACCCACAAAUUGGUUCUUUGACAUUUAUUUUAUAUUUGUAACCAAACAAGCUACAAAUACAAACUCUGCCAUACAUGCAUGUACUACUCUACUGAUAAUAUUUAGAAACCGGAAUAAAUUUGCCUUUAGUAAAUAAUA